GUUAACAAUUAUUAUGUUUUUAAGUUCACACAAACAGUCGAGUUUGUCAUCCAAUCAGUCAAAUAAUGAAUUGAUAGACACGAUGUCGACCACUGACCCCCAUACGGACAUCUCCGUGCAGUUUGAGACGUCGCACCGGGAGAUAUUUGACACGUUUGAGCACCUGGACGAAAACUACCAAAAUGUGUCGGAAGCCGACCUCCAAGAGUCCACUUCUGUGGCGCUAUACUUAUGCAAACGAAAGAUAUUGAAGCCCUACUUCCAGAUGUUGGCCCUCUUGGGCUGGAGGCCUAUCAUAUACCCCAUCGCACCGGAAGUGACUCUUCACGCCAAGGCAUUCAACUGGAUCUACACGGCGCUGGUCAUCACGUUUAUUCUGGUCGGGUAUGUCCUGCAAUACGCCUCCUGUUUCAGACAAGACGGUUACCCACCCUAUCGGAACCAAACCAACGACCAGUUGAUCAUUAAAUCGGAUAAUAAGUGGUCGACCCCUUUACCACUUCUAUACAACACUUUUAAUUACGAUAACAAAUCCACGACUCAUUUGCUGAGCUCUACCUAUAGUUAUCCAGAAUCUGAUGGAAACGAGAGUUCCGUAAAGUGUUCAGGCAACUUUAUCAGUCUAUACUUAAUCCCCGAUUUGUUGCAUCUGUUUGCGUAUAUCUUUGUCUUUCAUUUGAUGCGAACGCCUGAGUGUGAGAUCCUUCAGAACCUUCUGGAGAGGGCUUUCCUUCAGUCGACUCGAAUCAACGGCUGGUUCAUCGCCCAGAAGAAGUUGGUGAACAACUUGCGGACAUUCCUCUGGCUAUGUGUCACAUGGGUGGGGGUGUCGGUGAUCGGCCACACCGUUCACAUCACUGUGUUCCAGGAGAUCUGCUUCACGUGGAUGGCCACCGGCAAUGAACUAGUGGUCAAAAUAAUGACGGGCCUCACCAUACUGUCGCUCACGUGGAACGACAUCAUAUGUGCCGCUAUAGUCACCAGUUAUUCACUGCACUGUCAGCUCAAUAUACAGUACAUUAAGAAUUUAGUUUCCGCUGUCAGAGAGAAAAGGAUUGAUUUUCAAGAGUUCAGCAAAAGAGCGGGUGAAUCGCAAAAGUUUGUUGAAUACCUCAACUCAGAGCAGGCGCUGGGAGUGUCGCUACUUAUCGUCAACUUUGGCUGUCGAGCGGUGGUCGCCGUCUUCGGCCUUUUGUCGCAACAAAUUGUGGUCACAAACGACUUGAAGAUAGCGGCUAUGGUUCUCAUCUCAUCCCUACUCUGGCUGUCAUUACUAAGCGUUCCUAUCGUUCAAGCCGUCCGACUCACCAAUUGCUGCCAAGACCUCAGA